UCAGUGAUUCAGGGCCAGAUGGCGAUGGACUGCUGUCUGUCGGUCAGUCAGAGAGAGAUCCCUAGACACGUUGUCAUAGGUUACCAGCCUCAGGUCAGAGGUCAAGGCUGCUCCAUCGGCGCUGUGGUCUUCACUACCAGGAGGGGACUCAAGCUGUGUGCUCCCACUGACCCCACCUGGGUUACAGACCUGAUGAAUUUCAUGGACCGCCUCAUCAAGAAAUGCCACGAAACCAACUUCAAGGCUAAACACUGUAAGAAGCUGAAGCACAAGAGGCCCUAAGGUCCCUGUCGGAGCCUCUCCUACCACCACCACCUCCACCCCCAUCUCCCGGUCAAAACAACCACGACAGAGCCUGAGAAGAACCUUCCAAGUGGGUGAAGAACAGGGUGGGAGAAGUAAAACAACAACAAAAAAGACUAAUGUGAUUCCUCUUACCACUAAUGCACUUUUUAAGUUUCCUUCUGUCUUCAGUCUUUAGUUUAUACAACUGACCGUCUUGCUUAAGAUACCAUGCUGUUUCUCAGUGGCACUUUCACGUAGAAGUUUUUUUUGUUAUUUUUAUGUGACAAAAUAUUGAAUGAUAAUAUUCCAAAAAGAGUAGACCCUUGACCCCAAAUUUGAACUGGCCCUUAAAGCUACAGUCUGGGAUUUGAAAAGCAACAAAAUGGCAGAAGUAAUUGAAAUGACCAGAUUCCUAGAUCCCAGACUAAUUUUGUCAUCAAAUACAAAUUUAUUUGUCACAUGCUUCAUGAACAACAGCUGUAUUCUAACAGUGAAAUGCUUACUUACAUGUCAUUUUCCAACAAUAUAGGGUUAAAGAUAAAGAUACUAAAAUAUAUAAUAUAAAAUCUGAAUCAGAAAUCAGAAUAAAUCAGGGGUUAGAGGUUCAGGGUCAAGGUGCUGGCAGCUGGUUAGAACACCCAUCUGUCUAAUCUAUACGUAUGGCAGCUGGUUAGAACACCCAUCUGCCUAAUCUAUACGUACAUCUCAGAGAAUUCAAUAUUUCAUAUCAUUUGUGAACCUACAAUGUAUUUGACAAAUUCUUAUUUUUUCAUGGACCUUUUGUUUUUUCAAUAAAGACUUUGCCAAAUCAA